ACGAAUCAUCUCUCUCUCUCUCUCUCUCGUUUCAGAGGCCAAUGAGUACUCUCUUCUAAGCGAUUGCUGGGAGGCAAGGGUUCGGCAAAUUCUUUGAUUGUUCUUCGAAGGAUGGCGGUUAAGGCAGUGGAGAGCUUCGACUUUCUGGGUGAUUCUGAUGAUCGUAAGUCUAAGCAACGAAGAAGGUACUCAUUCCCGAAAGCGCCGUGCUAGCAACUGCAGGGAGGAAAGGAAUUGCUGCAUUUCUUUCUUAACCGCAUAGUUCAUUUUGAUUUUUGAGUCUUGAUUGCUAGUAUUCAGUUCCGUUGUGUCGAUUCAUUCAAAUUCCCCGUAAACUGAACUAAUAAUCUAGAUUACAGCGCGGGAUUUGAGUAUUCCCCUCUGGUUGGCAUAAAUGGCGGAAUUUUUGAAGUACUGGUUUAUGUAGGGUUGUUAGAAUUGACUUCAUUGGUUCGAGAAGCUACUUGUGAUAGUGAGCUCUUUCUUUCGUGAUUUUAUAUUGGUUCUUGGGGUUACGGUUUCGGUUUUUGAGGUUGAGUGAUGGGGUUGGACAGUCUGCUGCUUCCAACUGUUGAGCCGCCGAUAAAGCCACGAACCGGGUUGCGAAUGAAACAGGCAGGAAGAGGUUCUUAUAGAGGUAGCUAGGGUGGAGCAACCGGGGAUUAGGGUUUUUCGGAGGUUCAAUUGAUUAGCCGGGUGCGGACUUUUUAGGGGGAUUGUUACUUGUUAGUAUUGUCUGACUGGAUGAGAUGGGUACUCAAUUGCAUCAAAUGCUCAGGACCCUCUGUUUCAAUAGUGAGUGGCAGUACGCUGUCUUCUGGAAGCUCGACCAUCAAGCUCGGACGAUGCUCACUUGGGAAGAUGCUUACUAUGACUACCAUGAGAAACAUGAGGAUCCAGAGAACAUGUGUUCCACUGAGAUGGGGGUUAGCUUGCAUGAAUGGCUUUUACCUGAUCCACUUGGAUUAGCUCUGGUAAAGAUGUCAUACCACGUACACUCUCUUGGGGAAGGGGUUAUUGGACAUGUGGCAGCUACUGGGAGGCAUAUGUGGAUUUUUGCAGAUGAACAUGAAACUGAUAUGUCGUUGCCAUUUGAGCAUUUUGAUGGAUGGCGGAAUCAGUUUUCUGCUGGGAUCAGGACAGUUGUUCUGGUGCCUAUUUUUCCACAUGGUGUUGUGCAGCUUGGAUCUUUAAAUAAAGUUCCAGAGGUUUUGAAGAUGCUGAACCACAUUAGAGAUAUCUUUUCUGCACAUCAACAUUGCCUACUGGGACGUAGUCCUAGUGUAGGACAUUCUAUGUUGAACAGUUCAUCAUGUUUGAUAGAUAUCUCUUCCGGAAGUUCGGUUUCUGGGAAUUUUCUUGACUGCAUAAGCAGCAUAGGUAGACCAGUUAGCAAAGAUGAUAUGCAGCAUACGCUUUCUGAUCAUGCUUAUGCUGUUCCGUUGCUUGGUAAUUUACUGAAGAAGACAGAUGAAGUGACCAGUAAGGAUAGAGGAAUUGAAUUAUCAGCAUCUUGGGGUGCUGAAAGUGCAAUCUUAGUUAAACCAGGAUCUGAAGUUUUCCUUUUGGAGCAGCAUGAACAAGUACGGAAAAGUUUGCUUAUUGAUAGGAGUUGGAAAUGGGAGUCUGGUAGCUUGGGGUAUCUGGGAGUGGGUUCAGAAGUCCAGGAUACUACAUCUUCUGCGGGCUCUGAGCUAUAUGAGGUAUGCAGACCAGGUUUUGAAAGCGAGACUAUUUAUUAUAAUUUGGAAGCAGAAAAUAUGGAAAAUGAAACAGCUACUGAGAUGCCAGAGGGAAUGGACAGUAGUAGCUUGUUGACAGUGGACUCUGGCUCAGAUAAUCUUCUAGAAGCAGUGGUGGCUAAUGCUUGCCGUGGUGGGAAUAAUGUCAAAAUUGAGAAAUCUGAAUCAGUGAAGUCCACAUUGAUGACUGGAGCAAUGCCACUUACUACCUGCAAUGACCAGUCUCUUAUAGAAAUGGAGACAGUGCACUGCUUGAGCUCUGAGGCAGGUGGUGUGAGCUCUUCGAAGGGCUUUUUAUCGAGGAUCCAUAGUACAUUUGAUGGACCGUUGGAUAAUGCAAAAGAACCAGCUAAGGUCAAUAGGAAGAGAGCUAGGCCUGAUGAAAAUUCUAGGCCUAGGCCAAGAGACAGACAAUUGAUUCAACAUCGCGUUAAAAAGCUAAGAGAGAUUGUGCCCAGUGGAUCAAAGUGCAGUAUCGACUCACUUCUUGAGCGUACAAUCAAGCACAUGCUCUUCAUGCAAAGUACCAUUAAACGUGCUGAGAAACUAAAACCGUCCACCAAGCCAAAGUUGCUUAGCCCGGAACCAGUUGUGCGAGGCUUACCCAUACACGAUCAGGGUUCAACCUGGGCAGUGGAAUUGGGAAGUCACCUAAAUUUUUGUCCAAUAAUGAUAGAGAAUGUCAACAUGAAUGGGCAAAUGCUGAUUGAGAUGAUGUGUGAGGACUGCAGCCAUUUUCUUAAGAUAGCUGAAGCCAUUAGUAGCUUAGGUCUGAUAAUUCUGAAAGGUACUACCAAAGCCUGUGGGAAGAAAACACGGAUGUGUUUUGUUGUUGAGGAGGAUCAGAACAGAAGCAUUCAUCGGUUGGAUAUCCUGUGGACACUUGUGCCAAUACUGCAAUCCAGGGCUUCACUCUAGGGAAUGGAACCGCUACUGUUAUAAGUUGGGGUAGAAAAACAGGAGCAGAAGCAUGUGUUUUCACUGCAGAUAAUCCGAUCCAGGACAAUGUUCUGACGGUUAUGGCUCUUCAACUAUUUGAGGCUUUGUUGUUGGCUCCUCCUGAAUGGUGUGUUAUCUUUAAUUGGAUUUUCUGGUUUGUUUUUGCCCCCUGUAAGCUGAUAGCGAGUGUUUCCUUCCCUUUUCCAACAAUGCAUGGAAAUGGUGUCUUGUUGUUGUUAUUUUAUUUUGUGUCUGGAUUUUUUGAAAUAACUUUUACAUUGCAUGAUUUGCUUA